CCAAACAUGGAUAAAAGAUGAAACGCCAAGAAACGUUUAACCCAGAAAGGUAAUUGGAUGGUUUAAGCAAACUAGCUCUGUUUCACUGUAGAAUAUUUUUGUCGUCAAUUUGACGUUCUGCACAUAAAAAGGCAUUAACUUAAAUGCCUGAUUUCCUUAACAAAAGCCCAUCUUUACCUAAUUUUUCGCCAGGUUUCAAAACCCAGUUGCUUGCAAACAAAGAUUCAAUAAACAAGAAUGGCAAAUGUUAAAUCUUCAAACAAAGCAUCAUACCACCCUGUAAACCUUUUAUUUCAAUUCAAGUAUAUAUUGAGGGGGUUAACCAAAUCUGGAAGACAAAGCAAUUCAAGGUAACCCUUUUAGAAAAUUUAAAGGAAUUUUUUUUUUUUUCUAAAAUUAAUUAAAUAAUUAGUUUCAAAAAAUCGUUGAUUGGUUUUUGUUUUUAUCUAAAUCCCUGAAGAAAAGACAAGUGGGUGUUUUUUUUUUGGGGUUGGUUGCUUGCGUUGUCCCGCGCUUUUCUUACACUUCACUUGAGAGUUCUUGAAUAUCGGCAAAACGGGUGCGUAUAUAAAUGCGGAAGGUUUCGGCUUGUUGCUUCACAAGUCGAUCUUCCAAAAGCAAUCGCAGAUAUAACCAUUCCCGUCCGCAGAAAUCAGAGGAAACCAUGGCGAACCCACAGAUGAACAAUGGCAAUGACAGCAGAGAGGCUGCCAAACAACACUUUGCCAGUUCAAGCCAUGGAUGGGCUGAUAACAUUGUAGUAAACUAUGACUUCUCUAGUGGGCUGCAUUCUUGGCACCCGAAUUGCUGCGAAUGCUUUGUUGUUUCUGCAGAAUCUGGUAAUCCACACGGAAUGCCGGCAAGGCCAGGAGGUAAUUACGCUGUUGUCACGAACAGGAAGGAAUGCUGGCAGGGGUUGGAGCAAGAUAUCACAAGCAGACUUUCCCCUGGUUCUACUUAUUCAAUUUCUGCCUAUGUUGGGGUAUGGGCUCAUGCUCCGGGAUCUGCUGAAGUCCUGGCUACUUUGAAACUAGAAUUCAAAGAUUCAGCUACGAAAUUUUUAUUUAUUGGAAAAACUACUGUUUCAAAGGAGAAAUGGGAAAGACUGGAAGGUACAUUCUCAUUGUCAACCGUGGCUGACCGAGUUAUUUUCUACUUGGAAGGGCCUUCUCCUGGAGUGGAUCUACUAAUACAUUCAGUGGCCAUUAACUGUUCCAGACCUGGGGAGUCUAAGAGUUCAAGCACAGAAUGUGUCACUGCUGGAGAUGAUAACAUUAUUUUAAAUCCUAAUUUUGAGGAUGGCCUGAACAAUUGGUCUGGAAGAGGCUGUAAAGCUGCUUUGCAUGAUUCCAUGGCUGAUGGAAAGAUAGUGCCCCAAUCUGGAAAGGUUUUUGCAUGUGCAACAGAACGAACACAGACCUGGAAUGGGCUUCAGCAAGAAAUAACUGGAAGAGUGCAGCGUAAGCUUGCCUAUGAACUCGCAGCCACUGUUCGGAUAUAUGGUAACAAUGUCACCAGUGCUACUGUGCAGGUUACGUUGUGGGUUCAGGCUGCAAAUCUCCGUGAACAGUACAUAGGCAUUGCCAAGUUAGUUUCCCCCAUCACAUUUAAUCCCAAUAUCAAGACCGUGAUUUUUCACAUAAAGCUCUGCAGAGAUGUGCAGGCAACUGACAAGGAUUGGGCACAGUUGCGGGGAAAGUUCCUUCUAAAUGGCAACCCAUCAAAAGUAAUAAUCUAUGUCGAAGGUCCACCUCCAGGAACUGAUAUUCUUGUGAACAGUUUAGCUGUAAAGCAUGCAGAGAAGAUCCCUCCUUCACCCGCACCAGUUAUUGAGAAUCCUGGUUUUGGAGUCAAUAUAAUUACAAACAGCCAACUAAGUGAUGCCAUCAAUGGAUGGUUUCCCCUUGGCAAUUGUAAUUUAAGUGUUGGAACUGGCUCACCACGUAUUAUACCACCAAUGGCAAGAGAUUCACUUGGACUACAUGAGCCUUUAAGUGGCCUCUACAUCCUUGUGACAAAUCGCACACAGACUUGGAUGGGUCCAGCUCAGAUGAUCACUGAUAAACUGAAACUCUUUCUAACAUACCAAGUAUCUGCUUGGGUUCGAAUUGGUUCUGGAUCAUCGAGCCCUCAAAAUGUGAAUGUUGCAUUUGCUGUGGAUAAUCAGUGGGUCAAUGGCGGACAGGUUGAGAUUAACGAUGACAGAUGGCACGAACUUGGCGGUUCCUUUCGAAUAGAGAAGCAACCGUCCAAGGUUAUGGUUUACAUCCAAGGCCCUGCUCCCGGUAAUGAUUUAAUGGUUGCUGGUCUUCAGAUUUUCGCUGUCAACCGAGUUCAAAGGUUUAGAUACCUGAGGUUGCAGACUGAUAAGAUCCGUAAGCGUGAUGUUGUGCUCAAAUUCUCAGGAGCAGAUGCAAGCACUUUGUCUGGCAGUGUUGUUAGAGUCAUUCAAAUGCAGAACAGUUUUCCCUUGGGAUCAUGCAUAAACAGAACAAACAUAGACAAUGAAGAUUUUGUUAAUUUUUUUGUUAAACAUUUCAACUGGGCAGUGUUUGGCAAUGAGUUGAAGUGGUAUUGGACAGAGGCACAGCAAGGAAACCUCAAUUACAUGGAUGCUGAUGAGAUGCUAGACUUGUGUGUCAACAACAAGAUAGAAACCAGAGGUCAUUGUAUCUUCUGGGAAGUGGAGGCAAUGGUCCAGCAAUGGAUCCGAUCCCUGGAUAAAAACAACUUGAUGACUGCUGUUCAAAAUCGUCUAACAAGUCUUCUCACUCGUUACAAGGGGAAAUUCAGGCAUUAUGAUGUUAACAACGAGAUGUUGCAUGGAUCGUUCUAUCAAGAUCAUCUAGGCAUAGACAUCAGAGCCAACAUGUUCAAAACUGCUAACCAACUGGAUCCAUCUGCAACCUUAUUUGUCAAUGAUUACCACAUUGAGGAUGGAUGUGACACAAAAUCAUCCCCGGAAAAGUAUAUCGAACACAUUCUUGAUUUGCAAGAACAGGGUGCUCCUGUUGGAGGAAUUGGACUCCAAGGACAUAUUGAUAAUCCUGUUGGGCCUGUUGUUGCGUCUGCUCUCGAUAAACUAGGAAUUCUUGGUCUUCCAAUCUGGUUUACGGAGCUUGAUGUCUCGUCAAUAAAUGAGCACAUAAGAGGCGAAGAUCUGGAAGUCAUGCUCCGGGAAGCAUUUGCACAUCCAACAGUUGAAGGCAUAAUGCUGUGGGGAUUCUGGGAGCUGUUCAUGAGCCGAGAGAAUUCACAUUUAGUAAAUGCAGAAGGGGAAAUCAAUGAAGCAGGAAAAAGAUUCCUUGCUCUUAAACAAGAAUGGUUAUCUCAUGCCAGAGGACACAUCGACGAGCAAGGAGAAUUCAGAUUCAGAGGAUUCCAUGGAUCAUACAUUGUCCAAGUUCUCACCCCCUCGAAGAAGUUCUCGGAGUCAUUUGUGGUUGACAAGGGUGAUUCUUCACCACUUGUUGUGUCAAUAAACUUGUCAUGAGUGUUGGAGGUUUCCGGCUGCUUCUUCACCCAAUAAGAAGCUCACUCCACAAAAUUGAUCAUAUGGUAAUAUACUGGUGAAAUCUUUGCAUGCACCUUUAAUUGUCUUGAUCAUAAAAGGGAUUGCUUGCAGAAAUAUUUUCUUGCUUAUAUUGUAAAUGCUUAUACAAAGUAAUAAAGACGUGUUUGUAUAUCA